AUGGGUCGCUCUCUUUUCAAAAAGUUGCUUUUUGACGACUCAGACGAGGAUGAGAUAAUGAGGCGAAUUCUUAAGGGUUCAACUAAACAACGUAAACGUCGUCGGUAUAUCGAAUGUGAUCGUUUGGCAGGCCAUAAAAGACUUUAUCUCGACUACUUUUCUGACACACCAGUGUAUCCUCCUAAUUUAUUUCGGAGGAGAUUUCGGAUGAGUCGGAAUCUUUUUCUUCGUAUUCAGCAUGAGGUAGAGGCAUAUGAAUCUUACUUUAUCCAAAAAAGAGAUAAUGCCCAAAAAUGGGGUUUAUCUUCUCUUCAAAAGAUAACAACUGCACUUAGGAUGCUUGCGUAUGGAGUUACAGCUGAUUUUAUGGAUGAGUAUGUGCAAAUUGGAGAAUCCACUGCAAUGAAAAAACGGUCUCCUAUAUUUUUUGAGCUCGAACAAGGACGUGCUCCUGCAGUUAAUUACUCAAUCAAUGGUCAUGAGUAUACAAUGGGAUACUACCUUGCCGAUGACAUAUAUUCGAAGUGGUCAACAUUCGUUAAAACAAUUCCAUCUCCACGAGGACACAAACACAAAUUAUUUGCAAAAGCCCAAGAGGCGAAUAGGAAAGAUGUAAAGCGUGCAUUUGGAGUGCUUCAAGCAAGAUUUGCAAUUGUGCGUGGACCUGCAAGAUUUUUCCAUAGUGAAACACUUCAAGACAUCAUGAAAGCGUGUGUAAUUCUUCAUAACAUGAUCGUUGAGGAUGAACGAGAUGUAAAUGAAGCGGUGGAAUUAGAUUAUGAGCAAGUUAAUGACAAUCCUACUAUACAACUGUCACGAGAGAACACAAAUACAUUUACGGAGUUCAUUGAAACCCAUUAA